ACUUGGCCACAGCCUCUUCUCCAUCUGAUUCUGAGCAUAUUGCUGCUCAGAUUAACAGGUUAGCUGAUUUUAAGACAAGAUCUUUGUUUUCUGAAUUAAAAAUUGCAACUUGAAGUUUGUACCAAUAGCAAGAUGAUUGAUUUGGUUACCUCAUAGUUUUGUUUUAAUGGAAGCAGUUCGUUUAACAACUUUAUCUAAUUUUCAUCUACUGAAUAUUUUAGUCCUGCGUUCUCUCAAGCCUCUGCGUCGUCUAUCUUUCUCUGUCUCUGCCUCAGCAAUGGAGAGUGAUGCUUCUUGUAACUUGGUUUUGUAUGGGAAGUCCUCUGUGGAAACUGAGAUAGCAAAGUGUUUGAAGAACAAGAACUCACUUACACUCCCGGAUAAUACCAAAGUUUCACUCUUUUUAGAAUCUGAGGCUAAGAAUUUGGUUAAAGAUGAUGGUUCUUUCAAUCUUUCACUCUUUAUGAACUCGAUUAUAACUCAUCGGUUUGGGCGGUUUCUCAUUUGGUCUCCGCGCUUGUCUUCCACUCACGAUGUUGUUUCUCAAAAUUUCUCUGAGCUUCCAGUUGGUUCAGUUUGUGUCACAGAUAUCCAGUUUAAAGGUCGAGGUAGAACAAAGAAUGUAUGGGAAUCACCAAAGGGUUGUCUUAUGUAUUCUUUUACUCUAGAAAUGGAAGAUGGUCGAGUCGUGCCUUUGAUACAGUAUGUGGUGUCUCUUGCUGUAACUGAGGCAGUGAAAGAUGUUUGUGACAAGAAGGGUUUGCCAUACAUUGAUGUUAAAAUUAAGUGGCCAAAUGAUCUCUACUUGAAUGGUCUUAAGGUUGGAGGCAUUUUGUGUACCUCUACGUAUAGAUCAAAGAAGUUCCAUGUCAGUGUUGGUGUGGGGUUGAAUGUGGACAACGAGCAACCGACGACGUGCUUAAAUGCAGUACUAAAAGGCAUGUCUCCUGAAUCAACCCUUCUUAAAAGAGAGGAAAUCCUUGGUGCCUUCUUUCAUAAAUUUGAAAAAUUCUUUGAUCUAUUCAUGGACCAAGGUUUUAAAUCUCUGGAGGAGCUUUACUACAGAACAUGGUUACACAGUGAGCAAAGAGUGACUGUUGAAGAAAAAGUAGAGGACCAAGUUGUUCAAAAUGUUGUGACUAUCCAGGGUUUGGCAUCUUCAGGAUAUUUACUGGCUAUUGGAGAUGACAAUCAAAUGUAUGAGCUUCACCCUGAUGGCAACAGUUUUGACUUUUUCAAAGGUCUGGUUCGAAGAAAAAUAUGAUCCAAAGAUUUUCUUGCUGGUGGAAGUAGAUGCUGUGUGUUUAGUACCAUGGCCACAACUAAUAUCAGUUUCGAUCUUCUAAAAUAAACGAGAUUGUUUUUUUUUUUUUUUCAUGUAGUGUGGAUAUUGCCCAAAUAAUCUCUUUACUCUCUCUAUUAAUAAAGUUGCAGUAUUUUUUCUUUUA